AUGUCGCUGACAAUUUCCGAUUUUCUUCCGACCCCAUCUCCGACCACAGUAAGUAAUUUCCGACCAAAAAAUGCCCAUUUGCUUUCCUCUCACAAACAUUGCGCAGCCCCUUUUCGCUGCGUCUCCGAACUCGCUUGCCACAGUUUCGCCGUCGAUGAAGUCGCCGGAGUUUUUCACAAUAAGGUUUUGGUGGCAGCUGGUUUAUCUGCAGCAAUUGGGCAGUUAUCUAAACCUUUUACUUCGACUUUAUUGUACGGCAAGAAAUUUGAUUUGAAGGGUGCUCUUCAGGCUGGAGGGUUCCCAUCUACUCAUUCUUCUAGUGAAUUGAGAACUGUUUCUAAUGUUUCUAAUUGCAGGGGAUUUUCAGACUCAGUUUUUGGUCUAGCUGUAGUUUAUGCCGGCCUCAUCAUGUAUGAUGCACAGGGAGUUAGGAGGGAAGUUGGGGUGCAUGCCAAACAAAUAAACAAAGUUCUGCUUCAAACCACAUCAUACUCGAGAGAUUUAUCUUCUAAUGUAGAAAAAACCGACCCAGUUUUCUUAGAGGAGCAAAAGCCGACAAAGUCUGCACUGUUACUCAAAUCUGAUAAGACGAUGCAGACGAGUAAAGUGGAGUUUAGUAGCUCCUCGCCAUUGAAAGAAUCGAUUGGCCACACAGAAGUGGAAGUCAUUGCAGGUGCAUUGUUGGGUUUAUUAGUUAGUUUAGUUGUAUGCCCGUACGUUUGA